CACUGUCCCUUCCAAAAAUAAUGAAAAGUUUCGGGCUCGAAGACGGGGCUUAUGCCAGUACUACUACUCACUUUCCCGUUCUGCUCUGAAAUAAAAAAGGAUAGGAAGAAAGAGAAACACAUGGUGAUGAGCAAUUCUGUUCAUUAUGCGGUUUGGUUUCCAUUAUCAUCAUCUAGAAACAACAAGAAGAUCAAGAGAAAAGGCAAUCCUCGUUUUCCUACUGUAUCAAAAAUGGACGAUGAGAUCAGAGUAUGCACAAAUCGGACAUGCAGAAGGCAAGGUUCAAUGCAGACACUUGAAAUUAUGAGAGAUCUUUCCCCUCCGAAUGUCUCUGUCAAUUCAUGUGGCUGCUUAGGGCGAUGCGGUGCUGGCCCUAACCUCGCCUUUCUUCCUCAAGGCGUUAUAAUCGGCCAUUGCGCCACCGCUACUUCUGCCGCUAGCGUUAUUGCUCGGCAUUAUAAUAAUGGUGCUGCCGUUAAUGAUGAUUCUUCAAUACGCAGCGUUUUAAUUGCUCUUGCUCUUAGAAAGCGAGCUGAAGCUGAAAUUGAUCAGGCUAAUUUCUCUCAGGCUGACCUCCUUCUUUCACAGGCUAUACAGCUUAAACCAUUUGGCGGCCUCCAUAUUAUUUAUAAAUUGAGGUCUCGGGUAAGAUUGGCAAUGGGAAAUUAUUUAGGGGCUCUCGAAGAUGCUCGAGAAACUCUGAAUCUAGCUCCUCAAUAUCCUGAGGCAUAUAUGUGUGAAGGUGAUGUUUUCAUGGAAAUGGAACAAUAUGAUGCAGCUGAGAAGUCAUAUUCAAUGUGUUUACAGAUAAAUCCAACCAUUUGUCGUUCCAAACCAUUCAAGAAUGUCUAUGGAGAAUUCUUUUAGAAGGGUGUCUAUAGAGACUUUGGCCAUCAAAUUUACAAGAAAGAAUUAUGUAGCAUGGGAGUUUCAAUUCCGAAUGUUUAUGAAAGAUACGACACUUAGUUAAUGGGAGGCAAAAGAUGCUUGAAUUAUAUUUUGGAUUUUGGGUUCGAUUGAAGCACAUAUGGCGAACAAUUUACGCCCCUUUAGUAUAACUAAGGAGAUGUAAAAUUAUCUGUAGCGCAUAUACCAUCAAGAUAAUACCACGAGACAAUUUCAAUUGGAACUUGAGAUUGGUAACUUUAGUCAAGGUAAUCUCUCCAUCGAGCAGUAUUAUUCUGGAUUUAUUAAUCUAUAGAUCGAAUAUUCUGGUAUUAUCUAUUCGAAGGUACCUAAAGAGGCCUUAGCCAGCUUUCAGCCUGUUCAUGAAGAUAGUAGGUGUGAUCAGUUUUUGAUGAAAUUGAGACCAAAAUUUGAAGUUGUUCGGGCUGGAUUACUGAAUAGAAAUCCUGUUCCUUCUUUGGAUAUAUGUCUUGGUGAAUUGUUGCGUGAAGAACAAAGAAUGACUACACAAACUGUUCUAGGUUUGUCCAAGGAGGCAUCUGAGGUUGUUAAUGUUGCUUAUGCUGCUCAAGGGAAGAACUGAGGAAAAGGAUAAAUGUAGUGCUAUAGUUGCAAGGAGUUUGGGCAUAUUGCUUGCAAUUGGUAAGAAAUUCUCAAUUACUGUAAACAAAAUGGACACAUUAUCAAGGACUGUCCUACACUCCUAUAAAACCUGCGAGCCCAAACUUUUCAAGCUGCUAUCUCAGACCCUACUAUUAUUAGUCCUACAACCACAACUGCUGGAACCAAUCAGUCUAUUAUUACUCCAGAAAUGGUCCAACAGAUGAUUAUCACAACAUUCUCUACCCUUAGACUUCAUGAUCAAGGUAAGACUGUUCCUUCUUGGUUUCUUGAUUCUGGAGCAUCAAAUCAUAUGACUUUUCGAAAGUAUACUGGUAAAUAAAACAUUCAGAUUGCUAAUGGAAGUAAUCUUCCUAUUACAAACAUUGGUGAUAUUGGACCUUUUUGUCAUGUAUUUGUCUCUCCUAGGUUGUCUCUAGUAUAAUUUCUGUUGGUUAGUAGGUGGAUAAUAAUUGUGAUGUCCAUUUCUCUCGUGGUGGUUGUCUUGUGCAACAUCAGGUGUCGUGAAAGGUGAUUAUUUCCAUUGCAAUUUACUAUUCCUAGAACUUUGUCUAUGGCUUCUACUGUUGUUCAAAAUAAGGCUGACGUUUGGCAUAGACGAUUGGGCCAACAAUGAAGCAUGGUUUUCUUGGAAACAAAGAUCAAUGUUCUCCUAAUUUUGUCUCUUGAUUGCUCUACUUGUAAACUAGGAAAAAGUAAAACUUUUAUCUUUUCUUACUUAUGGUGGUCAUGCUAAUACAUGUUUUGAGAUUAUACAUAGUGAUGUUUGGGGUAUUGCUCCUAUAACUUCAGAUGCACAAUAUAAAUAUUUUUGUGAUGGUCAUUGAUGACUAUAGUCGUUUCACAUGGAUAUAUUUUAUGCGUACCAAAGCUGAGGUGUUCACUGUUUUCAGAAGUUAUGUGGCUUAUAUUGAGACUCAAUUUUCGACUUGCAUUAAGGUUUUACGGUCUGAUAAUGUUGGCGAGUUCACAUGACUUCCAAGCCUUUUUACAACAGAAAGGUAUUGUAUCUCAACAAUCAUGUCCUUAUACACCUCAACAGGAUGGGGUGGCUGAACGUAAAAACCGUCACUUGUUGGAUAUGGCUCACACUUUACUCUUGGAGGCUUUAGUUUUCCUAGAUUUUGGGUGGAAGCCCUGUCCAGUGUAGUCUAUCAAAUUAAUCGUCUACCUUCUCAACAAUUGCAUUUUGAUUCUCCUUAUUUUCGUCUUUUUGGUAUGCAGCCUGAUUAUCUUAUGCUACACAUUUGGAUGUGUUUGUUUUGUUCACUUGUCUUCUUAUGAACGUCACAAGCUUACAGCUCAAUCAGUACGGUGUGAUUUUAUAGGAUAUAACACUACUUACAAAGGGUUUUUGUGUUAUGAUGGUGCAACUGAUCGACUGCAUAUUUCUAGAAAUGUGGCUUUCUUUGAACACGAGUACUAUUUUCAGCAGCAUGUUUCCCUUUUGAAUGGUGUUCUUCUUCCUAGCUUUGAUGAAUGGUGUUCUCCAUCCAUUGCGCGUUUAAAACUUGGUUUUUUCUAUCAGCGAUGACAACCCCUAUCAGCGUAAAUCCUUCCCGCCCUUGAUCCAAUACCCGCUUUAGUGGCUCUUUAGACAUCUAAUUGUAUUAGUCAUCCUCCUGACAGGUAUGGUUUCUCUGCCAUUUUUGCUAUGCAAGAAGAACUUCAAGCUCUUCAACAGAAUCAUACUUGGGAUAUUGUUCCCUGUCCUACUGGUAUUAAAGCCAUUGGUUGUAAAUAGGUAUAUUCCAUUAUGCUGCGGUCUGAUGGCUCACUUGACAGAUAUAAAGCAAGGUUGGUGGCACUCAGUAAUCGACAAGAGUAUGGAGUUGGUUAUGAGGAGACAUUUGCAUCUAUAACAAAGAUGACAACAAUGCGACUUGUCUUAGCUAUUGUUGCUUCUAAAGGUUGGUCAUUGUGACAGAUGGAUGUUAAGAAUGCAUUUUUGCAUGGGGAUCUUAAGGAAGAGAUUUAUAUGACUGCACCACCAGGGUUAUUUUCUACACCUUCUUUCGAUGUUUGUAAGCUAAAACGAUCACUCUAUGGUUUGAAACAGGCCCCGCGUGCUUGUUUUGAUAAGUUCCGAUCCACACUUAUUCGCUUCUCUUUUGUCUAGAGUCAGUAUGAUUCCUCUUUGUUUCUUUGCAAGACUGCUAAGGGAAUUGUUUUGCUUCUCUUAUAUGUUCAUGAUAUUAUUAUUACAGGGAGUGACUCUGAAUUGAUUUCUCCGCUUCAACAGCACCUUCAAAGUUCUUUUCAUAUGAAGGACCUAGGUCCUUUAUACUAUUUUUUAGGCCUUGAAGUAGACUCUACCUCUGCUGGUAUUUUUUUACAUAACCACAUUUAGGAGAUCAUUACUCUGGCUGGUCUUCAAGAUGGUUGUUCUGUUGAUACUCCCUUAGAAGUGAAUGUUAAAUUAUCGUCCUGAUGAGGGUAAUCUCUUGCAUGAUCCCUCCUUAUAUAGACAUUUAGUGGGGAGCUUGAAUUAUCUAACUAUUACUCGACCUGACAUUUUCUUUGCUGUCCAAUAAGUUAGUCAAUUU